CUAGCUGAAUACAAUGGGGAACAGAGAAUCAAUUCGCAGAAAAUCACGUGAAAGUCAGACCAGUAUAAAAAUGGAUAGAGAAUAUAAAUCUAGUUUGAGCGGAACAAAAUCCAGUGAUACAAUAAUUGAACUCAAAGGAACGACCGUUGAUGGAGGUAGUAGCAGUUCAACUGCAGUUGCUGUUCAGAGUGUUGAAGAAAGUUCACAAACUACUUCUGAAGAUGUACACCCAGAAAAGAAAGCUAAACCACCACCAUUAGAUGUUACUGCAGCUCAAGAUCUUCAACAACAAGCAAUGGCUGGUCCUAAAACACCAACUAGUGCCCCACCUACAACACCAGGUUUGAUGCUUGACCGUAGGAAAAACAAAGAAAGAAAAAUAGGCCAUAGACGAGUCAAUGAAGAAGGAGAGAUCACUUUUAAAAAGAUCCAAACAUCACAAAUCAUGGGCUCCAUUCAACUAGGAAUUGGACAUGCAAUUGGCUCAUUAGCUUCAAAGCCUGAAAGAGAUCUCCUUAUGCAAGAUUUUACUAUAGUAGAAACAACAACAUUUCCAAAAGAUGGUAGCAAUAUUACACCUGCACACCAUUACAAUGAAUUUACCUUCAAAUCCUAUGCUCCUGUUGCAUUCCGUUACUUUAGAGAUCUGUUUGGAAUAGAACCAGAUGACUUUUUGCUUUCUUUAUGUAAUUAUCCCUUAAUUGAAUUGACUAAUCCAGGUGCAAGUGGCAGCAUUUUUUAUCUUACGGAUGAUGAUGAAUUUAUUAUCAAAACAGUUCAGCACAAAGAAGCUGAAUUCUUAACGAAGCUUUUACCUGGCUACUAUAUGAAUCUGAAUCAAAAUCCUCGCACCUUAUUACCGAAAUUCUACAGUUUAUAUUGUUAUCAAUGUGGUGGGAAAAAUGUAAGAUUAGUUGUUAUGAACAAUCUCUUGCCAAGUUAUAUAACUAUACAUGAGAAGUAUGAUUUAAAAGGUAGCACAUAUAAAAGAAAAGCUAGUAAACAUGAAAGAAAAAAAGCCUCACCUACAUUUAAAGAUCUGGAUUUUAUGGAACGGCAUCCUGAGGGGAUUUUUCUUGAGCAUGAAACUUACACUGCAUUAAUUAAAACAAUAACUAGAGAUUGUCGGGUUCUAGAAUCUUUUAAAAUCAUGGAUUACAGUUUAUUAGUUGGAGUUCACAAUGUCGAUCAAGCCAAGAGAGAAAAAAUGGAACAACGAAAACGUGAAGAGGAAGCAAAUGGUAAAAUUUCUGAUGAAUCAGAAUCAGCUUCCCCAGUCCAAACGUCCUCUGGGAAAACUGACACAAGUUUAGUAAGAAGUAAAUCUAUAAACAGAACAAGAUUAGCUGCGUUUUCUACUGCCAUGGAAUCAAUUCAAGCUGAAGUAGAACCACCUGAAGAGGACGAGGAUGUUCCGCCUGGUGGUAUACCUGCAAAAAAUUCUAAAGGAGAAAAUCUAUUACUUUUUAUUGGUAUAAUAGAUAUCUUACAAAGUUACCGUUUGAAAAAGAAAUUGGAACAUACUUUGAAAUCAGUGUUACAUGAUGGGGAUACAGUUUCUGUUCAUCGACCUAGUUUCUAUGCCCAGAGAUUUUUACAGUUCAUGUCACAGACAGUUUUCAAAAAGUUGCCUUCAUCUGGGCAACAUCGCAAAUUUAAGACCAUGGUUACUAGUGUCCUAGCUUUGAAACAUUCGCCUUCAAAACGGAAAGGUGCAGCUGCUAAGAAGGCUGCAGCUUCUGCUGAUUCUGAUCUUCCACCAAGACUUCCAAAAAUUCCCUCAGAAAGUGAAUGUACUCAAGAAGAUUCUGCAUCUCCUGCUCCAGUGCCUUUCCCACCUACAUUUUCAGAAAUAGAAACCCCAGUUGUUCCUAGUGAUUUAAAAGGUAGUAAUUCUUCUUGGAAUUCAUCCAGGGAAAGUCAAAAGCCCCGUGCCAAUACUGAUCCAGUUCCACCUAGGAUGAUAUCUAUGCGAUCAUCUACUGGCAGUGUAGGCAAAACAUCCUCUGUGACUUGGGAUAAGACAGAAGUUGUGAGUUUAUCUCAAAUUACUAUCCAGACCGAAUCGACUGGUGACUGUGUUUCAGAAACAAGUAGUUCCAGUACAUCUGGUCUUGGUUCUACUUUGCAUACGGUUACAUGGACUCCUCCUCACAGUGUUGAGGGUUCUACUCCUACACAUACUGAAGGAACACCAUCUUUCACAGAAUCUAGUUCAAGUGGAGAUGCAGCAUGUCCAACCACUCCAGUGAAAAGUAUAAACAAGUCUUUGGACUCCCUCCCACCUCUAGGUGAAACUCAGAUAUUGCAAGGUAGUGAAAUGGAGAUACAGUUGAAUGCUUAAAUUACGUUGCUUUUAAGAAGUUCAUGAAGUCUGUUUCACUAGGCAUGAAAAGGUUUAAUGUCCAGAUACAGUACAAUUUCAAAUGUAUAAAAGAUGAGUAGUAGGACUUCCCCUUUUCAGUACAGCGAUGUUUAACAAGGUAUAGUAAAUAUUUUUCUGGGCUCUUUGCUGUGUUAUUCACUUUGUGUGGUUUACAUAAGCAGUGUGUAUCUGAAAUAAUUAUCUUUCUGUAAUUCGCAUUUACUUUCGAAGACUACUUAUGUUAUAGUUUAUUAUAAAGUACCUUUGUGACAUAAUUCUCUUAUCUUGUUAUACUUAUCUUUCUAGUCUCUCUAUACUAUAUAAUUCAAAGCAAUAUUAAAUCUGUAUAUGAAUUCUGUGUGUUUGUACUUUAUCUGAUAUCCUGUCCUUUGUGUUUUGAUAUUCAGCUGAUACCUAUGCAAGUAUUAAUCAAAUCAUAACAGGCAGUUGCAUAUUUACUUUAUUGUAACUUCUCAAUGUCCUAGAAUGGAAUAUCAUGAUAACCUUUUAUACCUAUCUGUAUAUUUUGUUUGUAUAUUUUUUAGUAUUACUGUUUUUGAUUUUUUUAUGAAUCAUCAGUGUAAAUACUUUUCCUUUUUGCAAAGCUUUGUAUGCUGUUUUCUAGAACUAAUCAUAUUCAUUAUUUUUGAUUCUUGAUAAGAUGUAUUUGUCAAAAAUUGGUGUAAGCUUGUAUAAAAUCUUUAAAUUAGAAAUUUUUUGAGUGAUAUUUACUUAUACACUUGUUAAGAUCAUAGUUUGAAGGGAUAUAAUAAAGCACUCCAUUUUGAUUAUUUGAUUGUUUUCCAUUGUUUUCUGAAAAACAUAUUGAAGUUACUGUUAAUGAUUCAUGAUGAAUUUAUGGUACAUUGUAAAUAUAUUUUAGGCUAAUUUAUGUCAAGUAGAUUUUCAAGAUAGUAUGAAUGAGAAUAACAUGCAACUCUGAAAUUAAUAUUUUAAUACAAAAAUUUCUUAAAAGUUUUUCAUUUUACUUUUUACGCUUUUAUUCUAAUGUCGCCAUUAUAAAAUACUUGUAGUAAUUAAUCUUAAACCUAGAUCGGCAGAUAACAAAGUAUGCUGUGUUUAAUUUAGAAAUUAUUAGAUAUAGUUAUUAAAAUAUAUAUAUAUAUAUAUUUCUUUCAUUUCAUUUUCAGAUCGAACUUAACUUUUCUUCUUCUUUUUUUUUUUUUUUUUUUUUUUUUUUCCCUCCCUCUCUCCCGAAGUGCAGCUUUUUAAGCAGUACAUUGGAAAAAUCCCUUUCGACGGUUAUAUUCCUCAGGGCAACUUUCCUAAUUAACAUUUUACUUGCAAAUACUAGAAUUUCUAUUAAUUGUUCUAUUAAUUCUACCGGUGAAGCUUUUUGGUUUUUUUAUGUGUUAAAAGAAUUAAUUUUCAGCUGCAACAUAGAGCCACAUAACGAAGCAUUUGCAAGUGAAUUGUUAUUACGUUAUUUAGUUGGUUUCGACAAAUAUUCUUAAAUAUUUUAUUAAUAAAACAUUUAAGAGUAUGUUUAUGUUGAUAUACAUCUGUUUUUUAAUAUCUACACAAAGUUGCAUUUUUUUUCAUUAGUACUAUCUUAUUAAAAUUAUAUGUUUGAAAUUACCUAUACAG